AUGGCUGAUGCCCUCGUUUCUGUUGUGCUGGAACGCUUAACUUCGGUUCUUGCACAGCAGAUUCAUGAACAUGUUUCUCUGGUUCCGGGUGUUGAAUCAGAAAUUGAAAGUCUCAAAAACACACUCUGCUCCGUCCGAGAUGUUCUUGAAGAUGCCGAGAAGAGACAAGUGAAGGAAAAAUCUGUCCGAGGUUGGUUGGAGAGGCUCAAAGACAUGGCCUACGAAAUGGAGGACGCGCUGGAUGAGUGGAGCAUUGCUAUUCUUCAAUUCCAGAUGGAGGGAGUUGAAAAUGCUUCCACGUCUAAGACGAAGGUAAGCUUCUGUAUGCCCUCCCCUUGCAUCUGUUUCAAGCAAGUUGCUUCUCGUCGUGACAUUGCUUGUAAGAUUAAGGGCAUUAAAAAAAAACUAGAUGAUAUUGAAACGGACAGAAAAAGAUUUACUUUUGUCUCUAGUAGGAGUGAGGAGCGAUCACAGCGAUUUAUAACUACCUCUGCAAUUGAUAUUUCAGAGGUGUACGGUCGGGAUAUGGAUAAAAAAAUCAUAUUAGACCAUUUGUUGGGUAAGAAGUGUGAAGAGAAACCUGGCCUCUACAUCGUCUCCAUAGUUGGGACGGGAGGCAUGGGCAAAACAACUCUUGCUCGACUAGCCUACCACCACCCAGAGGUGGAGACCCAUUUUGAUGAAAGAAUAUGGGUUUGUGUUUCUGAUCCUUUUGACCCAAUCAAAGUUUGUAGGGCUAUUGUUGAAGCCCUCCAAAAAAAGCCUUGUAAUCUCCAUGAUUUGGAAGCUGUACAACAAGAAAUUCAAACAUGUAUUGCCGGACAGAAAUUCCUUCUUGUGCUAGAUGAUGUGUGGACUGAAGACAAUCAAUUAUGGGAACAACUGAAGAACACCCUCCACUGCGGAGCAGCAGGGACAUCCCUUGGGGAGCUGUCUUUGGAGCAAUCUCGGGCAUUAUUCCAUCAAAUAGCUUUCUAUGAAAGGAGUACUUGGGAGAAAGAGGAAGAAUUAAAAGAAAUUGGUGAGAAAAUAGCAGACAAAUGCAAGGGCUUGCCCCUCGCUAUAAAAACUUUAGGGAAUCUCUUGCGCAUAAAAAAUAGCGAGGAAGAAUGGAAGAACGUAUUGAAUAGUGAAGUAUGGCAGCUAGAUGAGUUUGAGAGAGAUAUUUCCCCUGCUUUGUUGUUGAGUUAUUAUGAUCUGCCCCCUGCAAUUCAACGCUGCUUCUCAUUUUGUGCUGUUUUUCCAAAAGACUCGGUUAUUGAGAGAGAUGAGCUGAUCAAGUUGUGGAUGGCACAAAGCUAUCUCAACUCUGAUGUGGUUGGGAGAAAGUACUUCGAAUAUUUAGCUGCUCGGUCUUUCUUCCAAGAUUUUGAAAAAGAUGAUGAUGGUAAUAUAAUAGGUUGUAAGAUGCAUGAUAUAGUGCAUGAUUUUGCUCAAUUUUUGACUCAGAAUGAAUGCUUUAUUGUGGAGGUUGACAACCAACAAAUGCAGAGCAAAGACUUACCCUUCAAAAAGAUUCGUCAUACCACCUUAAUUGUCCGAAAGAGUACCCCCUUGGCUAAGGCAGCAUUCAAUUCAAGAGUUCUUGAAGCCUUAACUAAUUUGUUAGGGCUCAGGACAUUAGAUUUGAGCAGGAAUCAGUUGAUUGAUGAACUUCCUAAGGAGGUAGGAAAAUUGAUACAUUUAAGAUACCUUAAUCUAUCAUUAUGUGAUAGUUUGAGAGAGUUGCCUGAAACAAUUUGUGAUUUAUAUCAUUUGCAAACCUUAAAUAUUCAAGGAUGUUCCCAUCUUCGGAAACUACCACAGGCAAUGAGUAAACUAAUUAAUUUGAGGCAUCUUGAAAAUUCUGAUACUCGUAGACUAAAGGGCUUGCCAAAAGGAAUUGGAAGAUUAAGCUCUCUUCAGACACUGGAUGUUUUCAUUGUGAGUAGUUAUGGCAAUGAUGAAUGCCAAAUAGGAGACCUGAGAAACUUGAACAACCUAAGAGGACGUCUUUCCAUUAAAGGGUUGGAUAAAGUGAACGAUGCAGGGGAGGCAGAAAAAGCAGAAUUGAAGAAUAAGAUCCUCCAACGUUUGGAUUUGGAAUUUGGUAGAAAGGAGGGGACCAAGGGUGUGGCUGAAGCUCUACAACCCCAUCCAAACUUGAUAUCUCUACGUAUAUUCGAUUAUAGUGAAAGAGAGUGGCCCAAUUGGAUGAUGGGUUCAUCAUUAGCUCAACUGAAAUUACUUGAGCUCGAGAAUUGCAUAAGCUGUACAUGUUUGCCUCCUUUGGGGCAACUGCCUGUCCUCGAGGAGCUAGUGAUAUGGAAGAUGUAUAGUGUGAUAUACAUAGGUAGUGAGUUUUUGGGAUCAUCAUCAACAGUAUUCCCAAAGCUGAAGAAAUUGGCUAUUGUCCAUUUGGCUGACUUGAAGCAAUGGGAAAUAAAAGAAAAAGAAGAUAGGUCAAUAAUGCCAUGUCUCAAUCACUUGAUUACGGAAUUCUGCCCACAGCUGGAGGGACUGCCGGACCACGUGCUCCAGAGGACAUCAUUGCAGAAAUUGGACAUUCGAUAUUCUUAUAUUCUGGAACGACGCUAUCAAAAGGAUAUUGGAGUGGAUCGGCACAAAAUAUCUCAUAUCCCAAAAGUCAAAUAUUCACUGGACUGAAUGAAUGGUCAUCAUGCUUCACCUCAUGUCGCUCUUGUUACAGAGAAGCAAGUUCAAAUAAAGAGGAGAAAAUUCCCAACACCUAUGUAUUGUGAAGUUGUCUAUGAAUCAAUUUCAAAUUGAUGAUUUGUAAUUUCUCUUUUUCUUUUCCCCGUUUAUUGGUUUGCCUAUAUAUGUAAGAAUGUGUAAACUUCAACUUUUUUGUUUGGAUUUAUUUCCUACAACAUAAAUGGUUUGCGAAUGAUGGGAACUUGCAUGCAUGCAUGCAUGAUGUUUCUUCUUAUUUGUUUUAAGGACA